AUGUACUCGGAUCCCGGUGUAGUUACACAUAAAAACUGGCAGGAAGUUUCAACUGCAUACCCUUACGAUUUCAAAAUCUUUUUCCCGCGCAUGUGUGAAACUUGUAAAUUUAUGAAGCCAGCUAGAUCGAAGCAUUGCCGCUUGUGCAACUGCUGUGUACAAAAGUUUGAUCAUCAUUGCAUUUGGAUAAACAACUGUGUUGGACGCAACAAUAUUCGCUAUUUCUUUUUAUUUUUACUUUCCACAUUACAAAUUCAAUUGUAUGGUGUCCUUUGUAUCGGAUCCCAUUUUAACAAAGUGCGGGAUCCCAGUUUAAGGUCUCAUUUGGUCUCCUGGUGGGCUGCUAUCACCGCUGAGAGGCAACUUGGUUCCAUCUUUUUAAUUUCAGUCUUUAGUAGUGUAAUUGUUUUCUCUUUCUUGUGUUAUGAAUUUUACUUGGUGUACGCAGGAUAUACAACAAACGAAAGUGAGAAAUGGGCAGGUUUGAGUGAGCUUAUCCAGCAGUCUAGAGUUUAUAUGCACUACAGAAAUGGAGUUCAAAUGCUAACCCUUCAAGACGAGGCUCCCCCGGAUGCUACGUUGGCGCGCUCACUUGCUCAGGUCGAUAAUAUUUACGAUCGAGGAUUUUGGAACAACUUCAAGUCUAUAUGUUUCCCAUAA